AUGAAUCGACAUUGUCUUGCAGCAAAUGUUCUGUCCGAAGACAGUGCUGGCGAAUAUGUCACCCCGGACACGGCUGAACUGAGAAGGAAAACAGCCCAGUUGGAGCAAGCACUGUUCUUGAAGAACGAGGAGCUGAACGAAGCAUCCCAGAUGCUGUCCAAAGUUACUGAGAAAUCGAAUAUGCAUAAAAAGGAAAAUGAAGUGUUGCUGAGGGAGCGGAACAAGCAUCUGGCUGCGCUACGUGAUCUCGAAACAGAGCGUGAUAAUAUAGCGCUUACAAAGAAUGAAUGUGAACGGAGGGCAGAAAUGCUGGAGCAUCAGAAAAAAGACUUCGAAGCAAAAAUAGAUCGCUUGAUUCAUGAGAAAUCAGUUGCUGCAAGCGAUUUGGAACUACAAAAGAAUGAAACGGCAAAGAUGAUGGAGAAGAUUGUGUUGCUUGAAACAAAACUUGACGAUAGUGUCAAAGAAAAACGAAAAAUCGAGAUUCGAUACACGGGCGAGCUGCAGGCGGAAUUGACCUCUGUAACAGAUAAAUAUGAAUCUGCUAUGGCAGACGUCAACAAACUGUCAUCAUCACUUGCCGAUCGUGAAGCGGAAAUUGUGCACUUAAAUGAGCGUAUCAAGAAGGUACUGGAAGAGGGUUCGGAAAAAUUAAGUAAAGCGGAAGAGGAGCUUUUGGCGGGUGAACGUCUUACUUCAAUUUACAAGGAAGCCAGUGAAGAUGCUGAGAAGAACCUGCGACAGCUCAAUGAAGAUUUUGAACAUCGUGGCAGAUUGCUGGAACAGUCCAAAAAUGGUUCGAUCAUUGUGCUUUCUCAUGUGUCCAAAAUUAGCCAGUUUUGCUUUCUUUUUCUUGUGAAACCUAACAAGAUUGCCGAGACCGCUCGGACAGUAAUCAUAGGGAACUGGUGGUAUCGAUAG